UGGGCUGCGUCUCCUUGGUACAUUAAAAUGGCAACACAAAUUGCAUUAUGCAGCUCUCUUAAUCGCUUGUAUCUCCUUCAUCUAUUCAAAUGGCAUUUUGCAGUUUCCAUUAAUUUGUUGCAUCUCUUCAUUACUCUCAAAUGGCAUGAUAAAAAUAAUUUAAACAAUAAAGUGUUGUGCAGCAUGGAUAAGUCGAGGACUUGGCAUUUUGCUGUUUUCCUCUCACCCCAUUUAGCAUUUUUCCUUUGUUUGCUCCAUAUUAAGUUUUAGUUCCAUAUUUAUUUUCUUAAAAAAAACUUAGAAUUGCUAAAACUAUGUUACUAACUAGUUGAGCUUUGAAAAUACAGAUAUAUAUACUCAGUUAUCCCAAUUGGUGCAACGUUUGCAAUGACCCUUUGGCUUGGAAACACUGCUUACCUCUAUAUAUCUGUUGCAUUUGCUCAAAUGUUGAAAGCAAUCAUGCCAGUUGCUGUUUUCAUUCUAGGUGUGGCAGCCGGACUUGAAAUGAUGAGCUGCAGGAUGCUUCUUAUUAUGUCAGUGAUCAGUUUCGGUGUACUCAUAGCUUCUUACGGGGAAAUAAGUAUAAACUGGAUUGGUGUUGUUUACCAAAUGGGAGGUGUCGUUGGAGAAGCUUUGAGGCUUAUAUUUAUGGAGAUUCUAGUAAAACGGAAGGGUAUCAAAUUAAACCCCAUUUCGGUGAUGUACUAUGUUAGCCCCUGCAGUGCUCUCUGCCUCUUAAUUCCAUGGAUCUUUUUGGAGAAGCCAAAGAUGGAUGAACUGGGGACUUGGAGCUUCAAACCUCUUGUUCUGACACUUAAUUCUCUUUGUACCUUUGCCCUCAAUCUCUCGGUUUUCCUUGUGAUCUCACAUACAAGUGCUCUGACCAUUCGUGUGGCUGGGGUAGUCAAGGAUUGGGUGGUUGUCCUACUAUCAGCCCUUCUUUUCGCUGAUACAAAAUUGACACUUAUCAAUAUAUUUGGUUAUGCCAUUGCUAUUGCAGGAGUAGCAGCAUACAAUAACACUAAGCUGAAAAAGGAAACCUCACGAGCCAGCCCGAAUGAGGCUAUGCAAUCUGUGCCUUCAGUUUCAUCAUCAACGUCAAAUGAUUAAAUUUAUUUGAACUGCCCUUCUGACAAAUUAUUCUAAGGUCUACAGCAAAAAAAUUUUUUUGUUCAGGUUCUGUUUUUAGCCAGUUUUGGGGAUUUUUUGGCCUCCCGAAAGAUACCUUUCAUAAGAGAAUUGAGGUACUACAUUUUGCUAUUAGAGAAGCCACAGCAGCUGUAAGCAAUUACAGAAUUGAUUUUGGCUAAGAACCUUUUGAAAUUUACAGAGGAUAAUUUGAUUAAAGAAGAAAUGGUUAUUAAAGAAAAAGUGUAUUUUUUUAUUACAUGCAUUAAUAUUAUAAAUGACGUCUAUUAUUGAG